GGCUUAGGAGCUAUUAGAAAGAAAAUCGUGAGAAUACAAAGACUACACAAAGACUCGAUUAACUAAGGAGAAAUCGCAAAGUCAGCAAGAACAGCAUGACAGAUAUCCCCAACUCGCAUGAAGCACGUACAAGAAGACCAUCCAACAUUCGAACUCUUCCGAAAUCACUUCCUUUUAAAUUCCCAGCCAUGGACCUUGGCCAUUUACAGCAAGCCAUCGACAUGAGCGACAUGCUGCUGCUUGCUUGGACUUUGCUGGAGCGCCGUCACAGCUCUGAAGACGAUGUUCAUUUCGCUUGGGGAUAUGGAAAGGCCAAAGAAGGUUCGUUGUCGCGACGAAAGGUAGCUGUUGGGAGAGGAAACACCGUGCAGGACAUCUUGCGGGAGAUCCAAAUACUUCGAAAGCAAGCAUUAAUUCCAGAGGAGGUUUCUGGAGACCCGGAAGGAAAUCAUAUGGUUAUCAAUAACUCGUCUGGAGCUCCCACCUCGGGGUCAUCCUGGACAUUCCAAAUCGAGAUACAUGAAAGUGAGGAGACUAUUUGGCUGAACCCUUCGUGGGACGCGAGCGUUAUGGGACAGGAUACUGCUAUCUCGAAUGUGCAUUGCUUCAUGGACAUUCUGAACUCUGUUUUGCUGGACCAAACACAAUUUGUCACAACAUUCUUUUAAGGUUGCGCGGCCCCAGAAGGAAAGGAAAUGGUAGU